AAGGAAGUGCAAACAUCGAGUUGCUGGAUUAGCUGUUAGAAACUAUUUUUCACAGAAAGCCUCAAAGGAAAGAAUAUUUUCUAAAUUAGAAGACAUUCCUCUGCAUCAAUUCAACUUUUGUAACUCUUAAAAGGGAAACAAAUGGAGGGCCCCCUGCCCCUGUCCUCGCUCAGGCUCCUGGUUCCACCACUGAGGAUGAUGACGGCUGUGAUGUGGAAGGUGGUUCGUCUGAGAGACAUAAUGCAUUAUGGGAAAGUGGAGGAGUUUGUUUCCUUGGUGACUGAAGCCAUCCCUGACAUCUCUACAGAGAGACAGAUGAGACUGCUCACCCUGGGCCUAAGAUCAAAGAUGAUGUUACAGAUAUUAAGUUCUGAAAAGCCAGAGGACUUCACAGAUGUUAAAACACGUUUGGACAGCCUGAUGCCAUCUACCUCAAAACUGAUGCAUCCAGGAAAUGAAGCGAUGGAAUCCAACUUUGUCAAGUUUAUUCAGAGACUCGUGGACGACCCAAAAGGGAGAGAGCACUUCCUCAAGAAUGUGUUUCCGGUGGAGUAUGGGUCUGACUUUGACACAGCUCUGGAGACUGUGUUUUGUGAGUUCUUCACCAGACUGGAUAAGUUGCUGCUUAUACCAGACUUUAAGCAGACAGCAAUGUUGAUUGGUGACACACCCUCUGCGCUGGAACAGUCCAUGCAGUGUGUAUCCAAAGCCGAUGACCUCAAAGUACUGCUUAGAAGCAAGGCCCAUCUUAGUCAAAUGUACACAAUGGAUACCAGUGUGCCCUCAUCCUCUGAGCAGCUGCUCUUUUCGUCAUUAUCUUUCCCUCCUUCACUGCCUGAGACAAACGCUCAAGACAUAGAAUCUAAUACACAAAUAUUUCUGGAGCAAGAAGAAUCUGAGGCUAUUUCUCUUCAGGACGCAUUAAAUAUGGAGAUACAGGAUGUGAUAUGGCCAUCUGAGGAUGCCGUCGUCAUUCUAGAGAGCAGCAAUGGAGGAGAAACAACAGGAGAGAAAUGCAGUGACAGCGUUCCUGAUGCUCUCACUUUGGAGGAGUGUGAUAAUGAAGCUUCAGGCAGCUUCCAUUCUCCCUCUACAUCUGCCAAUAGUCCCGCAUCGUCCAGUUCAAUGAUUGCCCCUCCACGGCAGAGAGUUGCACACAAAUGCAGUCAUUGUGGAAAAUGUUUCAUUUACCGCUACAAACUCCAGGAGCAUCAGAGGCUGCACACCGGAGAAAACCCUUACAAGUGCUCUCAGUGUGGGAAGUCCUUCAGAAGGAGCUGUGACAUGUCGUCUCACAGGCGGACACAGUGCACACAAGCUGCUUAUAUUUGCCUUAAAUGUGGGGAUAGCUUUCAAUCACUAAAGGACAAAUUAAGACACCGGUGUGGUCGCAUCGUCCAAUGGUUUGACUGUUCUCAGUGCGGUAAAAGCUUUAAAAAAAUGCACUUGCUGAAUAAGCAUGAGCGGACCCACACAAAGAUCUGCAACUUCACGUGCAAACCAUCUGGGCAGGAGUACCCCAGUAUGAGUGAGAUGAGGAGGAACCAGAAGAGUCAUCCUCCCAAGAUUUCCAAACAGUGCAAGCGAUGUGGGGAAAUGUUCAGCUCUGUCGCCCGUUUGACAAAGCAUGAGCUGCGCCACAAGAAACAGGACCAAAAGAUUUGUGAGGAAUGUGGCAAAGCUUUCAAGAGCAAAUAUGAAGUGUCUCUUCACAUGCGCUGUCACACAGGUGAGAGGCCAUUUCAGUGCACGUACUGCGGCAAAGGUUUCUCCAGAUCGGGUAACCUGAAGAUACACUUAAGGAUCCACACGGGAGAGAAACCAUAUCUUUGCUCUGACUGUGGCAAGGGUUGUAUGUCAGCCGGCGAUCUGCAGAUACACAGACGCAUCCACACAGGGGAAAGACCAUACAAGUGCACUGACUGUGGGAAGGGAUUCACCACCGCAAGCAACUUGACAGUUCAUAUGCGGGGUCACACUGGAGAGCGCCCUUACAUCUGUUCCAUAUGUGGACAAGGGUGUAUUACUGGCACAGUAUUAAAAAUACAUACUUUAAAACAUACUGGUUUUAAACCCUACCCUUGUCAUAUAUGUGCAAAGGCUUACACAAACCUCACUCACCUGAAGAGACACUUGAAAAAAACUCACAAUGUAGUGCAAAACCAGACUGCUCACUCUGAGCCUAUGAAAGAGUUCAGUGUCCCCCUUUCUUCGCUGGCGCUCCUGGUCCCACCACUUCGCCUGAUGUCAGCAGUGAUGUGGGAAGUUGUUCGCCAACGAAACAUAAAGCACUAUGGGAAACUGGAGGAGUUUGUGACCAUGGUAACAGAUGCAGUUCCUGAGCUGAUGAGUAAACGGGAAGGGAGACUGCUCUCACUUGGCCUGAGGGCAAGGACAACUCUUGAGCUGUUGCGUUCUGAACACCCUGAAGAUCUCAAGGCUGUUGAGAGCCACUUGAACCGAAUCCGAACUUCUUGCAUUGAGGAGACAAAUGAUCCUGUCAUUGAAGCACCAGAGGCAAACUUUAUGAAGCUGGUGCAAGGCCUCAUUGAAGACACGGAUGGCAGAGAACACUUCCUCAAGAAUGUGUUUCCAGUGGAGUAUGGCCCUGAUUUCGACACAGCACUGGAGACUCUGGUUUGUGAGUUUUUCACCAGACUGGAGGAGCUGCUGCCAAUCCCUGAUUUCAAACAGACGGCAUCCUGGAUCAGCGGGGCCCCCUCUGUCCUAGAAGAGUACAUGCAGUGUGUCUCAAAUGGAGAUGACAUUAAAUUUCUUCUCCAGAGCAAACAGUGCCACGGGAAACUGUCUAAGAGUACAAUCGCUCCGUUUACGCCAGAUGAUCUUCUCAUUCCCUCUCUGUCUCUUCCUCCAUCGCUUGAAGUGGCCAUCUCUUCCCACCCGAGUGGUUGUGACGACGAAAAUAAUGACGUUCCUCAGAUCGUCAUGUUCGAUGAAGAACUGUCCACAAACCCUUCCACCUCGACAGACUUUCCCGAAUCCCCAAAAAGGACUGAUAUGUUACCGUCCCCUCGCAGGAGACAACCAGGGCUGCACAAAUGUCCAGAGUGUAACAAAUGUUUCAAGCACCACUCCGUUCUCACCGAGCACCAGAGGGUCCACAGUGGGCUGCAGCCCUACAACUGCUCGGAGUGCGGGAGGGCUUUCAGGACAGCCACUCUGCUAGCCGGUCACAGGCUACGGAAAUGCAAAAACGCCGCUUAUCUGUGCAUCAAAUGUGGGAACAGUUUUCCGACCUCACUGGACAAAUUCCGACACCACUGCCCAAAACGUGGCCGUAGCUACGAUUGUGGACACUGCGGAAAGAGUUUUCAAAAGUCCAGCAGCUUGAAGGAACACCUGCUGACUCACGUCCAAAGCCGCCUUUUCAAGUGCAGUCAUUGCGGGGUAGGAUUUUCAGGAAUCGGUGACUUGAAGUAUCACCAACAGGUAGAUCAUGACAAGCCUUAUCAGUGUAAGCAAUGUGGGAAGAGCUUCAUCUCCUCCAAGUGUCUGACCAAACAUCAGCAACGACACGAAGAGGGCGGAGAAAUGGAGAGUGUCAAAUUAAUGAGCGGAGGCAAACACAGGAAGAGUGGCUCCGCCCAUCGGACUUCCUCCUCAUCUAUGUCCUCCAGGAAAUCCUCGAAAGCUGCAUACCCGCGAGGACGAGUCACGCAUAACUGUCCACUGUGUGGAAGGAGCUUUAAGUACCGUUUUGAAUUCCUCGAGCACCAGAGGUUCCACACCGCGGUGAAGCCUUACAGAUGCUCGCAGUGUGGAAAAGCCUUUCGCACGGAGGCUCACCUCUCCAGGCACAGGAAGAGGAAGUGUAAAAAUGCGUCCCACAUUUGCACCAAGUGUGGGUGUCAGUUCAGGUCUCUCCACGAGCGGGUCAGACAUCAGUGCGUCCAGCUGCUGACCAAAUACGAGUGCUCUCAUUGUGGGAAGACCUUCAAGAUGGCCCACCUGCUGAGGAACCAUCAGAUGAGCGAACACCAGCUUCCCUACAGCGCCAACCAUCGCUUCAGGUGCAGAUACUGCGACGAGACGUUCCCCGGCAUCAGCGAGCUCAAAUACCAUCAGAGGGUUGACCACGAGAAACCCUAUCAGUGUCAAGAAUGCGGCAAGUGUUUCCUGUCUGAGAAAUGCCUGGCCAACCACGAGCUCCGACACAACGAUGACCGACCGGAGAGCUGCCUGGUGUGCGGCCGCGGCUUCAGGAACCGCUACGACUUGAAGCAGCACAUGCGCACUCACACGGGGGAGCGGCCGUACCAGUGCACUCACUGUUCGCAGUGCUUCUCCACAGCGGGGGGGCUGCGGAGCCAUACCAGGGUUCACACGGGAGAGAAGCCGCACGUUUGCCCAGAUUGCGGUAAGGCUUUCUCCCAAAUGGGUGCAAUGCGCACGCACAGGCUCACGCACACGGGAGAAAGGCCUUUCAAGUGCACAGUGUGCGGCAAAGGUUUCACAAUGGCACACAAAGUCACUGUUCACAUGCGCGUGCACACAGGGGAGCGCCCGUACGUGUGCACGCAGUGCGGGAAAGCCUUCUCAGAUGGAAGUGUGCUGAAGCAGCACAUGCUCAACCACUCAGGGGUGAGACCGUACCACUGCCAGAUCUGUCCCAAGACCUACACCUGUCUGAACCACCUAAGGAGGCACCUGAAGAGCCACUCCAACAUGAACUGAGCAGAACAUUUCACACAUUCACAUUCACACCAUUUGGCAGUUACACUGCUACAGUUACAAAGGACCAACGAAACCAAGCAAUACGUGAAGGAACAUAAAAUGAUGCUG